AUGUCGACCACCCACCCCAUCAUCUCCCCGGCGGAGAUUCAGCAGAGAGUCGACCAGGGCGAGCCACUCGUCAUCUACCACGGUCAUGUCCUGCAGCUCGGAGACUGGAUUGCCCAUCAUCCUGGCGGCAAGCUUGCCAUUCUGCACAUGGUGGGUCGUGAUGCAACCGACGAGAUCGAUAUCUACCACUCCAACAAGGCUAUCCUCAUGAUGACUAAACACCGCAUUGGUCGCGUCCAAUUACCCUGGUCCAACCUCGAGCCUCCCAUUCGCCGCGAAGAUUACUACCUAAACCUGGACAAGAGGAACAAGGUAGCCACCGUCAAGGCCAAAGCCCAGCCCAUGGGUGACAAGGCCCAGCGUGCAAAGAGCGUUGACCUUGGUUCCGCUGCCACGCUCAUCGGCAAAAAGAUCAUGGGACAAGACAGCUGCGUGUGCAGCAGCACGGGCAAGUCGUCAUCCGAUCUUGAGAAGCUUCCGCUAUUGGAGAACGUCACAUCCACCCGGGGCGCGAAGAAGAGUCAGGCCCAGGCUGAAGCAGAAAAGAAGGCGCACAGAGAGCAGUUUGCUAUCGAGCAGGAACAAAAGGAAAUUGCAAUCGGCCUCGCCGAGAACCCGUCUCUCGACCCGGAGACGCAAAAUGCCAUCAUCCAAGAUUAUCGCGAGCUGCACCAGCAAUUCAAGGAUCAAGGACUCUACCAAUGCAACUACAGGGCCUAUGCCUGGGAGUCACUCCGCUACAGCAUCCUUUUCGCUGCCUUUGCCUACCUGCUGUAUAGCAAAUGGUACCUGACAUCUGCCAUGUUCCUCGGUCUGUUCUGGCAACAAAUCAUGUUUACUGCCCACGACGCCGGCCAUCGUGGCAUCACGGGAAACUUUGUAUACGACACCCUCAUUGGCGCUUUCAUUGCAGACUUCUGUUCCGGUCUCAGCAUCGGCUGGUGGAAGUCUAGCCACAACGUUCACCACUUGAUCACCAACAUGCCCGAACACGAUCCCGAUAUCCAAAACAUCCCCCUGUUUUGCACUACACCCACAUACAUGAAGUCCAUUCUCUCCUCCUUUUACAAUUUCCGUUUCGUAUGGGACGCGGCUUGCGAUCUCGCCACCCCCUACCAGAAAUGGUGGUACUAUCCCAUUAUGGCUUUGGCCCGCUUCAACCUCUACUUUCUCGGCUGGCUGCAUCUCGUCUCUCCGCGUGCAGCACAACUCGGCGCAGCAUCAUGGACCCGUCCCGUCGAGCUCGUUUUCAUGGCCUGCUACUGGUAUAUUUUCGGCUACCUCCUGUGCUACUGCUACCUGCCGGACUUCCCGACCGUCGUUGGCUUCGUCCUCAUCUCCCACAUCUCCACCAUGAUUUUGCACGUGCAAAUCACCCUCUCCCACUGGGGCAUGCCGACCUCUGACCUCGGCCCUGGCGAAUCCUUCCCUGCCCGUCAGCUGCGCACGACCAUGGACGUUGACUGCCCCGAAUGGAUGGACUGGUUCCAUGGCGGCCUCCAGUUCCAGGCCGUACACCACUUGUUUCCGCGCGUGCCCCGGCACAACCUGCGCAAAGGACAGAAGCUCGUCCGCGCCUUUUCCGAGAAGACGGGCGUCAAGUAUCACUGCCUGGGCUUUGUCGAGGGCAACAAGGUCGUGCUGACUCGCCUCGAGACUGUUUCAGCAAUGGUCAAGAUGAUGGUGGAUUGCCAGGCGCAUAUGGCGGCGACCGGGGAGAGCGGAUUGCACUGA